AUGCUUGCUAAUAGCUUUUGCUACUCAGCUGCAGCUACGGUCGAGUGUCGAGAAGACGACGACGACUCGGGCGCUGACUUUGACUGCUGGCCGUCUCAAUAUGAGGAGGCGGGUUACGAGCUUCUGUGCUUAGACCGGCCAGUGUUGCACAGACGAAAGCCCCCUGAACGACAGGAAUCAGACUCCCACGGCAAACCAGACCAGGCAGGUGUUAUUGACUUGAUGACCGCUUUGGCCGAACUUGACCAAUAG